AUGGCGGGCCUUCCGCUGGCGGAUCCCGAACAGCAGGUGCUUGACCCAAGCGUGCUUGCGGCCGCGUCGGUUGUGGACAUGCACGAUACCAAUGGCGCAGCCAUCGCCAUUGACCCUGGGGUGCUCUCCGCGAUAGUGGCGACCGGCACCCUUGGCUGCGACAGCUUCAUCGGGCCGGACGGGCAACACAUCCAGGUCGUGGGGGAGGAGGAGCUGCAGCAGCACCUGGCGCAGCUGGCGGCCACGGGCGUGUACGCGGUGGACGGGUCCGACCUCGUCGCGCCCCUGCAGCAGCAGCUGGCGGCGCACGAGCGCGCGCAGAUGGAGGGCAUCCGGCGGGGCGACACGCAGGCGCUGCAGUCUGCCAAGCGUGCGGGCACCCUCAUCACCGUGAACUUCACGCUGGAGCUGCCGCCUGAGCUGGAGGACCUCGACCUGGGGGACAGGUCUGGCAUAAUCGAGGCUCCGCAGAGCAGCGACGUGGCGCAGCUAAAGCGGCUGUUCAUGUACAACGCCCACAACAAGCUGCUGCCCGGCCUGCAGAUGCUCAUCACCGAGGACGGCUGUGAGAUGCUGGACAUGGAUGAGGAGGGCAACCCCGUGCCCAUCAGCGCGUGCGGCGUCACAAACGGCUCCAAGAUCACGCUGCGCAUCGUGUUCCCCGAUGACCUGGACACCCUGCCCCUCGUGGAUGAGGCCAUAGUGUCAUCAGCCUACAGCGCAGGCACCCUCGUGCAGCACAUGCAGGGGCGGCAGCCGGGCCGCAAGACGCGGUGGACGCAGGAGCAGAUCGAGGCUCUGAUUGAGGGCGUCGAGCGGCACGGCCUCAGCGCCUGGCGCACGAUCGUGCAGGAUGUGCGGCUGGCCGGCAAGAACAACAUGCAGUGCAAGGACAAGUUCAGAAACCUCUGCCUCACAAUCAUCCAGGGCCGCCCGGAGCGCGGCCUGACGCUGGACUGGCGGCUCAAGGACAGGGUGCGGCAGCUGAUAGAGCAGGAAAACAUCAAGUUUUGA